AAAGUUAACGAAAACUCUGGUAAAUUCCGUGGUAAAUUCUCAAAGAAUGUAUUUCACGGUAAUAUUCUCAUUCUUGUUACCGUUCUUAAAAUAAUAUAAUCGGCUCAGAACUCUAAUGUGCAGUGUUUUUUCAGUUUUUUUAGUGUUCUGUGGUGUGUUAUUGGUUUAAUGAAAGAUAUUGGUUUAAUUUACUUUUUUAGAUUUUUUAAAUAAUCAUGUUACGAAAUUUACGUUAUGUUAAAUGCAUUGUUAAUAACCCAAGGACUAUUAAGAGAAAAUAUCAUAAAGCUCCAGUUAUCGGUACUCCACAAGAUGUCAAUUCAGCCACGUAUCAGGAAAAUUAUGCACAAAUGAAGGUCCUAGUUGAUCAAUUAAAGUCUAUAACCGAGAAAAUCGUGGAAGGCGGUGGUCGGAAAGCGAGAGAAAGACACACAAGCAAAGGAAAACUUCUGCCCCGCGACAGAAUAAACACUCUUAUCGACAAAAACUCACCUUUUCUUGAAUUUUCGCAACUAGCUAGCUUUCAAUUGUACGGAAAGGAGGAUGUGCCUGCAGCAGGAAUUAUUACUGGGAUAGGAAGAGUAGAAGGAAAGGAAUGCAUGAUAAUAGCGAACGACGCGACAGUGAAAGGAGGCUCUUAUUAUCCCGUGACAGUGAAGAAGCAUUUGCGUGCCCAAGAAAUUGCCGAGCAAAAUAGACUGCCGUGCUUGUAUCUGGUUGACAGCGGCGGAGCUAAUUUGCCUCGACAAGCAGAUGUCUUCCCGGACAAAACGCACUUCGGGAGGAUCUUUUACAAUCAGGCGAACAUGAGCGCCGCAGGAAUCGCGCAAAUUGCAGUCGUCAUGGGCAGUUGCACUGCAGGCGGAGCUUACGUGCCCGCAAUGGCUGACGAGAAUGUAAUCGUCAAAGAGCAGGGCACUAUUUUUUUAGCUGGGCCUCCUCUCGUCAAGGCUUCCACUGGUGAAGAAGUCUCAGCAGAGGAUUUGGGUGGUGCUGCUCUCCAUUGUCGGAUCUCAGGAGUGACGGAUCAUUUUGCGUUGGACGACACUCACGCCCUUCACCUCGCACGUCGUAUAAUCAAAGAUCUGAACCUGAGUCGAAAAAUAGAUUGCAAAUCCGAUCGAAAAAUAGAGCUGCCGGUGCUCAACGUGGACGAAAUUUACGGCAUCGUAGGUGCAAAUUUAAAACGACCCUUUGACGUGAAAGAGAUAAUUGCCAGGAUCGUCGAUGGCAGCGAAUUUGACGAGUUCAAGGCUCAGUAUGGCGAAACCUUGGUCACUGGAUUCGCGAGAAUUCAUGGCUAUCCUGUGGGAAUUGUCGCUAAUAAUGGUGUCCUAUUUUCGGAGAGUGCACAGAAAGGCGCUCAUUUUGUCCAGCUUUGCGCUCAAAGGAAGGUUCCUCUCGUUUUCUUGCAGAAUAUAACCGGUUUUAUGGUGGGAAGAGAUGCGGAGGCUGGAGGAAUCGCGAAGAAUGGAGCGAAAAUGGUAACUGCUGUCGCAUGCGCAAAAGUGCCAAAAAUUACGAUUAUCAUUGGCGGAUCGUAUGGAGCUGGGAAUUACGGAAUGUGUGGAAGAGCAUAUUCCCCGAGGUUUUUGUACUGCUGGCCAAAUGCGAAGAUUUCGGUGAUGGGAGGUGAACAAGCUGCGGGAGUUAUGGCGCAGAUAACGCGGGACCAGAGGCAGAGAGAGGGAAAAGAGUGGACAAAGGAAGAAGAAGAUGCCCUGAAAAAUCCGAUAAUUAAACAGUUCGAAGAGGAAAGCAGUCCUUAUUACUCCAGUGCAAGAUUGUGGGACGAUGGGGUAAUUGAUCCGAUUGACACAAGAGCCGUUCUAGCCCUCAGUCUUUCUGCUGCACUCAACGCGCCCGUGCCAGACACAAAAUUUGGAAUUUUCAGGAUGUAAAUAACGAUUAAACCUCCUCAAAGAUUUAUUUUUAUAACUUUAAUAUAUAUUUUUUAAUUGCUGUUUCUUGCAACUUUAGUUGCAGCGUCUGUUACUUUGUUACAAGUCUGCCAAAGAUUUUUAUUUUUAUACUCGAAGUUGAUUGUGAUGAUCAUUCCAAAAAUAUACAUUUCAUUACCGAAGGCAAAA